UUCGUGGAGGAGGCCAGAUGAUGUCCUCCUCGGACCGGCACGGUUCAGGCGCGGACGUGGGGAGAGCACGAAAGGCGCCAGCUGCUGCCAGAAGAAAGCCCUCCCUUUCCCACUCCCCCUCCCCGCCUGUUCCAUGGCCAAUAGCCGGAAUCCGCGGCCGCCGCUUCUACAGAAGCUCUGGUUUCGCCUGGCUCGGGGCUGCCCGCUGGCCAUCCCCUCCCACUCCCGCCUAGCGUAUAAAAGCUCCAGCGCGCCCCGCCGAUGCCCUUUGCCUAUUGCCCUUAGCGGAGGGCGAGAGGGUGUGCUGCUGCCACUGCUACCAUCUCGACUGCAUCCCUACACCUGAUUGCAUCCGCUGGAGCCUCCCACCCCACCCCCGCAAUUCUUUUGCAUUUGGAUCGGGUGGAUUUGGGGGGGGGGAUUCUUCCUCCGCCCCAUUUCCAGCCCUCUGUCGUGGAGAUCUUCUCAUUGCCUUCUGGAGUUAACGGCAGCCUCACGUGCUUCGGGCAGGAGCGGGGCGCUGGGGAAAUCCGUGUCCGUCAGCCCAGCUCGCAGAUCCCCCUUGGCGGGGGCGUCUGAAAAAGGAGGAGGGGCGGGAACCCCCGGGUUCCGUUUGCUCUGCUAACUUACUGGCCUGCCUGGAGCGCCGAAGAUGGCGAUCAGCACCUCUGGACCCCUCGCUCUCCUCUUGGGUUUAGCCAUUCAUCUCUUGCAGCCGAUUCACCCCGCGGAGCCCGAGACCGAGACCGAGACAUCGCCCAUCCCCGCAGAUAAACUAUUAAUUCUAACUGUUGCAACUAAGGAAACGGAUGGUUUUCACCGAUUCAUGCAAUCAGCAAAGCAUUUCAACUACACAGUAAAGAUUUCCUUGGCCCUGCCUGCAAGACACAAGUCCUCCGGGAUGAAAUUGUGUAAGGAUGAAAUGGGAUCAUGGCAAGGUUCCAGGUUUCAGGGGACCUCAGCAACCUGCAACAACAGAGCAACUCUUGGCAGAAAUAGUUGCUCCACCACCCUGCACAACGUGCUUGGUAAAGGUGAGGAAUGGAAGGGAGGAGAUGCUCUAAACUCUAUUGGCGGAGGCCAGAAGGUACGCUUGCUGAAAUCUGCACUUGAAGAAUAUGCUGAUCAGGAGGAUUUGGUGGUCAUGUAUGUUGACUGCUACGAUGUUAUAUUUGCUGGGGGACAUGAAGAGUUGUUAAAGAAGUUUCAGCAAGCUCAUCACAAGGUCGUAUUCGCAGCAGAUGGAUUGGUAUGGCCGGAUAAAAGAUUAGCAGACAAAUACCCUGUUGUUCGUAGUGGAAAACGAUUCCUUAAUGCUGGAGGAUUUAUUGGUUAUUUGCCCUAUGUAAACCGUAUUUUGCAGCAAUGGAACCUCCAAGACAAUGAUGAUGACCAGCUUUUCUAUACCAAAAUCUAUAUUGACCAAUCAAAGAGGGAACAUAUUAAUAUUACCUUGGAUCACAAGUGCAGCAUUUUCCAGACUCUAAAUGGAGCUGUUGAUGAAGUUAUUCUGAAAUUUGAUGAAGGAAGAGCCAGAGCUAGGAAUUCAGUGUAUGACACUCUGCCAGUCACUCUUCAUGGAAAUGGCCCAACUAAAAUUAAUCUCAACUACUUUGGAAAUUAUAUCCCUAAUGGCUGGACCCGUGAAACUGGAUGUCGUGACUGUGACACAGAUUUACUAGAUCUAGCUUUGCUAAAUGAGACUCCAACAGUAAAAAUUGGUGUUUUCAUUGAACAACCAACCCCUUUCCUGUCGAAAUUUCUAGACAGAUUGUUGGCUCUGGACUAUGCAAAGGAAAAACUUAGCCUCUUCAUUCAUAACAAUGAAGUUUACCAUGAAAAACACAUCAAGAAAUUUUGGGAAAAAGCCAAGAAUGCUAUCAAGUCAAUAAAAAUUGUUGGUCCUGAAGAAAAUUUGAGUCAAGCAGAUGCCAGGAACAUGGGAAUGGAUCUCUGUCGCCAGAAGAAAGAAUGUGACUAUUAUUUCAGCAUAGAUGCAGAUGUUGUAUUAACAAAUCCAAAGACUUUAAAACUCCUGAUAGAACAAAACAGAAAGAUGAUUGCUCCUCUUGUAACACGUCAUGGGAAGCUCUGGUCCAACUUCUGGGGUGCCCUGAGUGCUGAUGGAUAUUAUGCUCGAUCUGAAGACUACGUGGAUAUUGUUCAUGGAAACAGAGUAGGUGUAUGGAAUGUCCCUUAUGUGGCUAAUAUAUAUAUGAUCAAGGGAGAGACUCUGAGAACUGAGAUGAAAGAGAGAAACUAUUUUACUCGUGACAGACUGGAUCCUGAUAUGGCCCUCUGCAGGAAUGCCAGGGAAAUGACUUUACAAAGGGAAAAAGACUCCCCUUCUGCGGAAACAUUCCAAAUGCUCAGACCCCCAAAGGGUGUCUUUUUGUACAUCACUAACAGACACGAAUUUGGGCGCCUUUUAUCAACUGCCAACUACAAUACUUCUCACUACAACAAUGACCUCUGGCAGAUCUUUGAAAAUCCUGUGGACUGGAAGGAAACCUACAUAAACCCCAACUAUUCAAAAAUCUUCACAGAGAAUAUAGUGGAGCAGCCGUGCCCAGAUGUGUUUUGGUUUCCCAUAUUUUCCGAAACAGCCUGUGAUGAACUGGUGGAGGAAAUGGAACAUUUUGGGCAAUGGUCUGGUGGAAAACACCAUGACAGCCGCAUUUCUGGAGGAUAUGAAAAUGUUCCCACUGAUGAUAUUCAUAUGAAGCAAGUUGGGUUGGAGAGUGUGUGGCUACAUUUCAUUAGAGAAUUCAUAGCACCUGUAACACUAAAAGUGUUUGCUGGCUACUACACGAAGGGCUAUGCCUUGCUAAAUUUUGUUGUGAAAUACACUACUGACAGACAACGUUCCCUCAGACCUCAUCAUGACUCAUCGACUUUUACUAUCAACAUUGCUCUCAAUAAAGUAGGAGAUGAUUUUGAAGGAGGUGGAUGUAAAUUUCUGAGGUACAACUGCUCAAUUGAGUCACCUAGGAAAGGAUGGAGUUUCAUGCAUCCAGGAAGACUCACUCAUCUACAUGAAGGACUUCCCAUUUUGAAAGGAACAAGAUACAUCGCAGUAUCAUUUAUUGACCCCUAAUAUUAUUUCCCUGGCCUCUUAAAGACAACAUUUGGCACCCUAUGACAAACUCUUAUUUAUAGUUCUUCUCCCAGAAGAUGGUGACAAAAGAAGCUUCUUCUAGAAAGCUGCUUUACUUUGGGCUAAAAUAUUGGGAAAAACAUUUUUAAAAAAAAAAAAAAUUGCCGGAAACCUUCAAACAUCUGUUCUGAGCCUUGAGACGUAUAGUACAAAAUGUUUUCAUUUCUCUCCCUUGUGUUAAACAUGGAGUAAUUGUGUUAAACAUAGGGUUAUUGAUGCAGACAAUCUGUAAAAUGUUCCAUGUGAGUUUUCCAUCCAUAACAUUAUGAAUAUCAAGAUGCAUUUGUGAACAUCUUGGUUAAAGAAAAUUAUAUCCAAUAUUUGGCUCCUUGGAGGAAGAGCAGGAUAUAAAUGUAAGAAUGAAUAAAUAAAAUAUAUUUGCAUAUUCUUCUAAGAAAGAAAUGCAUUAUACAUGAAUGCAAAUCAUUGGUUAAAAAAAAGUAAAUGAUUUACUCAGGUACUUUAAAAUGUCUUUUAAAAGAAGGCAUUUAAAGUCCUUUCUGUUCACCAAGUGUCCUUUGGUCAGACUGAGCUAUUCUGAAAAUAACCUUUUGCACCUGUUCAGUGAUGGCAAUCCAAGCCUGAAGCUUGAUCAAUGUAUACAAGAUUGUCUUGGAAACCAAAUUUUCUACUCUUAUUUAAAACUACUUGAAUUUUGUAUCAGGAGAUCAAAAAGUUGGAAGUUGUUGUUUUAAAACCUGCAGGUUUUGACUUGCCUUUGUUUUUAAGGGAUCAGUUUUAAGUAAAUCCUGCUGUGCCUACUGUUUGUAAUUUAAAGGUUACACUUGAAAAAAAAAUGCUGAAACCAUGAAACCUGAGGUGCUAAAAUGCACAUAUUUUUUAAGUCUUGUGAGAAUAAAGAAGUCUUAAAUUAA